UCCACACCUCCUAAUCUUUUCGCAAUCAUUCUCAUCACGACUCCUCAACUCUAUCAAUUUUUAUUCUAACUCCCCAAACCCCCCGAAUACCUCUCAAGAUGUCUGGAGAAGCCCCAGUUGAUGACUCUCAACAUGAGCACACCUUCGAUUCCGCCGAUGCUGGUGCAUCCACCACCUACCCCAUGCAAUGUUCUGCUUUGAGAAAGAACGGAUUCGUCUGCAUCAAGACCCGCCCUUGCAAGAUCAUCGACAUGUCUACCUCUAAGACUGGUAAGCACGGUCACGCCAAAGUCCAUCUCGUCGCCACCGAUAUCUUCACCGGAAAGAAGCUCGAAGAACUUUGCCCAUCCACCCACAACAUGGAUGUCCCCAACGUUUCCCGUAUCGAGUACCAAUUGCUCAACAUCACUGAUGAUGAUUUCCUCUCCUUGAUGUCUGAAGGAGGUGAACUUAAGGAGGAUGUCAAGUUGCCAGAUGGAGAGGUCGGACAAAAGAUCCGUAGUCUUUGGGACUCCGAGAAGGAUACUAACGUCAUUGUCCUCACUGCUAUGGGUGAGCAACUCGCUAUCGAUGGAAAGGAGGCACCAAAAUCUGGUUAAAUAUCUGAAAAGGAAUGGUACCGAGAUUUUCGCAAUAGCAUGGGUUGUUUUGCGUGAAUAUCUGUUCACUCGAAGGUCCUUCAAAUUCAGAGGAAUAUGAUAUUUCCGGAUAUCUGCUUUCUUAUGGUCUACGUUGGGGCGAUUUGAUCUACGAAAACUUGGUCACACUGGUUAUCUUAUCUCUCCUAGCUCCCCCAGUAUCAUAAUUUCAUAGCUAAUUGCUGUUUUAUGAUAUCCUUGACCGGCGUAGUCAAGCG